GUUGUCUACCAACCUCCCAAAACUCAGAAGAAGACGUCAUUGGUGUAGCGGCUACUAACAGGAAGAAAACAUAAAAAGCUGUUAUCUAAGCAGAGACAUCUCUGGUUAGCUUAGCAACCAAUGUAGCGUUUGUACAGUGAUGAAACGCUCCUCCGAGUCGGAUAUAAACUGCUGUUUUACUAUGCUGUGUCCGGAGUAGUACACUGUAUCGACCGAGACUCACAGGACCACCGUUGUCCUCGACUUUCCUCCGGGCCAGGUGUCGAAACAAGGUAGGUUAGCCCAGCAGCGGUGUAUUCUCAGCUUAGCAGGCAUGCUAACUCCUAAAGAGGCACUCGAGUUCAGAAUAGGCUGUUUUAGCAAUCCACCGCGAUUUCGACUUUUAUCAGUCGAUUGAGUAUUUAAGUUUUACGAAUGUAACAACAAGUUCAUAAGAGUAAACAGUGUUGCUGACGGACGCAGGAGGAGGCACAACAACAGCGACUCAAUAUUCCUGCGAAACCCCAGCUGGAGAUCAUGUUUACUUGUGUGUUCAACAUAGUCAACAACAUUGAAACUAAGAUAUAUCUGCUGUGGUAAAUAUCGGGCCGAUUGUGCUCAACAUUGUUUUAGUAUUUGAUCCUAACGGGGGCGAUUUCAUGCCCUGGUUUCAAUGGAUACCCUAUGAACAUGUGUACGGUGUUAUCACUGACAUCAAUUAUUUUCUGUGGAGCUGAACACUUAAAGGGAGAUCAGCCUAUAUAGGUCAACUAUAAGGGACCCAUGAGGGAUACAUGUAAGGUACAGCAUAGGUAUGGGUCUCAGAAGGGCUAUUUAUGGGCUGGAUCAAAGGUCAAAUUAACAUGGAGGCUAACUGUGGCAUAGGUAGACAUGGGUUUGAAGUUGGGGACACUUUUAGAACCCCUAUGGUCCUCCAGCAUAGACCUUCCAUGGGGAGCCAUGGAGGCUGUCCAAGGUGGAGGACUAUAUGGGUAUUGUCUGGGUUAUGAGGGCUUCAGCUGGUUAUCAGGUGUUGGUAAGAGGAAUGUUUGUAUGGGUGGAUCACUUAGAACAGUGUUUUUCAACCCUUUUUGAGCCAUGGUACAUUUUUUUAUGGAAAAAAAAAUCACGAGGCACACCACCAACCAAAAAUGUGACUAAAUGACACUUGGUAGUCCCAGAUACAGGUUUAUACAAUGACAAUAUAGUCUCUCACUUUAUUCAUACUCACCCAUUGUGAAACCUGGGGCUGUAGAUUGUAGAAGUGCGUAUUAUUUUUAUUAGUAAUUCAACAAAAAAUAGACCAAUAAAGUGGAAUUGGAUAAUUUCUCAGGGUACACCUGAUUAUCUGUCAUGGCGCACUAAAGUGUCACGGCAUACUGGUUGAAAAACACUGACUUAGACUACACACUAGGGUGCUGCAUGGGUCCUGACUGGGACUGCGAUUAAAGUGUAAAGAGCAACAAAUAGAUUGAAUUUCUAAAGCCAAUGUAGAUUUCAUAUCUGUAUGCAUGUUUAUAGGCUGACAGUGCAACAUUAGUAUGUAAUGAUGUACAUGACUGAAAGUUUUUUGUUGUAUUCAUCCAUUUCCUCCCAGGGUAAGAGGACAGUAUCGUUCCAUUUGGGUAGCAGAUUUUGAUCACGUCAGGAUACACAAAGGAGUACUUUAUGCCAGCCUCACACGGCUCCCUUCAAGCGUUUGCCGACUCCUUGGUCUUGGUAGAAAGAGGAGUCUUUAAUCCUGGUCUCAUUCCUUGCGGCAUUCGCAAUCCUUCGCUUGUCAGUGUAUGUGUGUUGUCAAAAUUUAUGGUUCUUCUAUUCCAUACGGUUUAAAACAAUCCAACACCUUUUAAUUUUAUGGUAAUCAUUUUGAAAAGCCCUAAAGCUUUUGAAAAGUAAUAGACCCACAUAAAAGACCAUGGUCACAUUUUCAGCCAACGGCAAAUAGAAGUGAGAGAGCAAGCAGCAGUGGUUAGUCAACAAAGAGAGAGAGAGUACCAGUGAAGUAAAACACAGUACUCAAUGUAGGUUAGAAAUGAAGUUUUAAUGCUUUUGGUUCAGAAUAGGUAUCAGGUUUUGGUUUCUACUUCUUCAAAUUCUGUUAGUGUGACGAGCCGUUAAAGUUUCCAAAUAGACGAUGGAAGACUGUUUGAGAUUUGUAUGUUUUUUUAUGUGCUGUAUGCCUAAACUCUAUAGUGCUGGUUUGGUUUGUUUUCAUUGGAGCAAGUAGGUGAACAGCUCAAAUGUAUACUGUACUGUAACUUAUAUGAGCAAUAGGUAAGACCCAACUGGGACUCAUCAAUGAUCCAUGUUAGCAAACGUCUGUUGGCCUCAAGUGGGAAAAAUGGGGGUUAACCACAUAGGGUGCGCAUCAAAGACCCUUCAUGAGCUCGAUGGAAACUUGAUAAUAGAAUCAUCUUCUGUGCAAUUAAGUCUUUGUGUCCUUUCCUGCUGAUCUGUCUGAAACACUGGGGAUUGUGUGUUAUCUCUUAAAUGGGUGCUCAGAGUCACUGAUACCAACUUACCAGACCUGUUUGUUGGUCUCCUCAGGUGUGAAUGAGUGACGUGGUGCCUCCCACAGCUCUCAGUGAAGUCCAGCUCCGCUUCCUCUGCCACGAUGACAUAGAAAGUGUCAAGCUGCUCUGUGGGGAUUGGUUUCCAAUCGAGUAAGAAUCACAUAUGUUCAUGUCUAAAGCACAAACUAAUGUCUGUAACUCGUUAAGUUAAGACGAUAUUUGAUUUUCAUAAAAGGCACAAACAAAAAUAUUUAAAAAAUGUGUUCAUGCAAUAUUUUUUUUUUACUAUGUUUGAUUGUGAAUGUGUGAAUAUCGUUCCAAUUUCAUCAAAUCAUAUUUGUAGCAUUUUCCGACAUAUCCACUUAAAAAAUCAAAGUAUUGUUCUUUGAAUUGCACUGAUAAACACUUAAGCAACCCAGACUAGGUAAUAACAGCGUGACACAAAUUGCGCAUAUUCACAAUGAUUUCAGCUGACUUGUAAUGAAAGUGUGCAUUAGCUGUGGUUCACAGCUGAUUUAAGUGUAUGAUAAAUACAGUGAUUAUGAUAUUUGGCGGCCACAAAGGCCAUGUUAGCGUUGAACUUUGGGUUAAAAAUAUCUUGGCAGGAACACUCUUCAGCCCACAGAGAAAGAUAUUUAAAAAAACUCUAUUUUUUGUUGUUGCCAGUUUAAUCAAAUGGUUUUAAGGGUAUAUUAUUUAACAUUUUAAUUCUACUGACCCCUGAACCUGGGCAUGUUACUAUGGAAUAACAGUAUGUAAACAAAUUAACAAUAACUUUAUAGUUCAAUUUUGUAUUAUUGGAAAUAUCUAACAUGUAUCUCCUAAAUAUACAUCAAUAUAGUAAAUGUACACAUGUUUUUAUUUGAGAGUAUGUAUCUUUAUUUACUCCUGUACAUCCCCUUACAAUCUUGAAUACAACAUCUCAAAUCCUUAUCCCUCUGCAGGUACCCGGACUCAUGGUAUCAGGACAUAACAUCCAACAAGAAGUUCUUCUCCCUUGCUGCAACCUUUCGAGGAGGCAUCGUGGGAAUGAUUGUGGCCGAGAUCAAAGGCCGGACCAAAGUACACAAAGAGGUACCAUCUUAUCCUUGUUGUGUAUUACCGCAGAGCCUUUAUGGAGUAGAUUCUUUGAAGUCAAUGAGGCUGUUGUAGGUUCAGUUUAUCCUCCGUCACUCAGCUGCCUUUAGGAAACGUUUAAGCGGAACACUUGGAGGUCUGUUUUUAGUCCGCUAAUUAUAGAUGAAUCAGAUCCUCCUUUGGCUGAAUUUGACACUGUCAUUACAACAUAAAAUAAUGGGAUAACUGGGUAAUGAGAAAGAAACUGUUAAAAGGUCUUGGACCAGUUUACUAGUCCCUUUACUAAUGCGUCUUUGACUGAAUAUGCAACAUGAGGGAGAGUGGCUUUUAUCUAAUGAAAAAAGUGGCACAAAGAGGUGGCAGAAGCUUGCAGGAAAAGGUCCGCGGUAUAUUAUGAGAAACCCACUCCUCUCACUUUCAGCCACUGUUUUUAGAAGUUGUCUGUUUAGUAGAUGAAACUUCUGAUUUCAUAUCUGAUUUUCCUAGACAAAUUUUUGCUUUGUACAAUCUUCCCCCCCUGUGAAGGUUGUUUGCCUAGGCAAAUAAGUCAUGUGUUGUCCUCUGCAGGAUUAUGAAGAGCAUGAUCAGAGUUCAACCAAAUUACCAGAGAGAGUAAUUUUUAUUGUAUCAGUGCUGAGCAAAGUGCGGGUUUUCUGUUAAAAUCUAUUGUAGAUGCUAAAAUCAUCUCAUUAAUGUUUAUAAGGAAGGUUGAUCUGAUUAUUUUCUCUCUUGUACUUUUGUGUUAGGAUGGAGACAUCCUGGCUUCCAGUUUCCCUGUGGAUACACAGGUAGCCUACAUCCUCAGCCUGGGAGUGGUCAAAGAGUUCAGGAAACACGGCAUAGGUACUGGUCUACACAUGCACACGCAUACACACACACACACACACACACACACACAGAGAUAAAGACAAAGACCAACGUAGCUUUAGGGUGUUCUGAAAGAAAACAAUCAGAGAGACUAAAUGUGAUUAAAAAAAAUGGGUGCAUGAAAGUGUUCUAAAUUAAAACAGGGACUAGAUGUACUUUGGCCCAUUUUUAGACAAAGGAGCUGUGGUGGUUGUGACUUAUCGCUCAUUUAUUGAAAUGAGGUACCCAUGGUAUCUUAAAACUUGCUCUCACCAAAUUUCCACCAUCAAAGUAAAACAUUCUAAGAGCUCAAAAAUAAUCAAAAUCCGUCAGUGAUGCGUCAGUGUAUGGACUGCAUAUAUAUUCUACUUUUAGCCACUUUCACUUAAUUUUAAUGGAACUAAUUUGGUAAAAUUGAUAUGAACCAAUGAUAUAAUAUGAGUUUCUUUAAAACAGUAAGAUGCAGCUGUCCUGUCAUCACCAACACUGAAUCAGCUCUUCCUUCACUCACUCAUAUAUCAAACAGGAUCGUAUAUAUUAACUGAUUAUUGAUACAGUAGUAUUUUACACUACAUUGUUUCAAGAGGAUAGAAUAAAAUCUUAUUAUUCAUGAGCUGAAGAAGAACUUUUAAACAAACCUUUUCUGUGGACUCUGGAUUGGCUGAGCUCUCUCUCUUUUUCUCCCCGCAGGCUCUCUACUGCUGGACAGUUUGAAAGAGCACAUCUCUACUACAGCCCAGGACCACUGCAAAGCAAUUUACCUGCAUGUUCUCACCACCAACAACACUGCCAUCCACUUCUAUGAGAAUAGAGACUUCAGGCAGCACCACUACCUUCCCUACUACUACUCCAUACGAGGCGUCCUCAAAGACGGAUUCACAUAUGUGCUCUACAUCAAUGGAGGUCACCCACCCUGGACAAUAUUAUAUCCUUUUGUGGAAAUAGAAAAGCACAAAAAAACAGUCUGGGGUCUGAGUUGCAGCAGAACUUGGGGCAGGUCCAAGGUUUGCCUGAGCCAGCUCUAACUAUAAGUUUACCAGAAAGUAGGGAUGCUCUGAUACAACUUUUUUUUACUUCUGAUACGAUACUGAUAUUGUAGCCUUCAGUAAUGGCCGAUACUGAUAUUGAACCGAUAUUGGCACAAAGUUGUGCAAGGCAAGUUUUGCACUCAACUUCAACGUCUUUUUCGGACAUAAACAAAAAUACUGCUACACAGUCGACAUCACUUCUACUCCUUGCUACUCUGUUAGUACCUUGUUACACACUGUUGUUGUGAUCACGUGGAUUCUGCCUGCUGGAUCUGGGUGCUGCGAGAUAGAGGUGCUGGAGCGGAGUCUGGAAUGGAUUGCUUGUAUCAGAGUGCUUAUACCGGAGAUUUAAGAUGCAGGCCGAUGUAACCCGAUAUUGUUUUUUUUGCUGAUUUCAGACCAAUAUCUAAGGAGCCCGGGAGGUGACAUUAACAUUUAAUUUUUUAAUUCACAUGUGCGAUUUAGUAUCUCACACUUGCGUUUUAUACGCGUCUAGUACGUGCGUUUUAUUUUUAUCCUGCGCAUGCCUUACUGUAAAUAAUCCUCUGCGCGCCUUAUUGCGAGAGAGGAAGGACAGUGUCAUGGACAGAGAGCAUAUUAUUAUCAUUUUCUUUCAUUUAGGUAUGACUCACAAAGAGCUACUUUAUAACUUAGCCACAUUUGUUUUGAGUAGGAGACACCUUAUCAGGAUCCUUAAAGCACAGCGACUUUGUCGUCAGCGAGAUUUGGACUAGCAGGAAGUGACUUUGUUUAUUAACGAACAGUUAAAUCGCGCCUGCGAUAUAAUAAAACGCAUGUGCAAGAUACCAAAUCACAUGUGCAAAUUAAAAUCAAAAAAAGUUUAUAUCACCUCCCGAGCUCCUUAGUUAUCUGAUAUCGAUAAUGGAUCGGGACACCCCUAUUAGAAAGAAUCAUUUUCCGCCUUCUCCUCAGGUAGAGAGGGGUGUCUGCCCUUGAUUGUCACAAAGAUGGUAGGACAAGGACAUGAUGGUUUCAUGCUCUGCCUCCCAUACUGCAUUUGGAGACUUAAAGUACAACAAGCGAGCAGUAUUUUAAAGGGUUAACAGAGGGGGUAAUGCUGGCCAUCCAGAGUUGACAGAAUCUUGAUUACAAUGAGACUUGAGUAUUUUAAGGCAAUUGCACUGAUAUAAGAAUUUCAUAAACAAAACAAACGUCCUUUUCUUUUGAAUUUUUUCUUUAACUCCUGAUCCACUGACUAUAUCCAGCACAUCGGUUCCACUCUGGCCAGCCUGAGCCCGUGCUCUAUCCCUCAGAGGUUGUAUCGACAGGCCCAGUCUCUGCUGCGUUCUCUCCUACCUUGGUCCAACAUCGCCUCCAAGACGGGCAUACAGUACAGCAGAACAAUGUGACAGAACGGGGGUAGGAACUACACCAACAAAAGCAUGCUUUAUUUCUAUGACCAUGUGUUAAACAGGUAUCUGAUUUUUUUUUUCUCCUUUUUUUUUUCCAGGUGUGCACUUGUGUGUCUCAUCAGUCUUCCCCUGUACAUACCAAGAAGUACAGAUCCACAUAUUCUCCAUCUAGUAAACUUAUCACAGCCAGUGUAUGUGAAAGGACUCGGGUUACUGGAGUUCUACUCUCAAGACAGCACCCAUUUGACACGGUUGACACAAAAUCCCAGUUUUAGAAGUUAUUUUAAUCUCUUACUUAUUAUCAAAUAUAUAUACUACUACACCAUCCCAUAGUUACUAUAGUAAUGUGUUUUCACCCUGUCCUACCAAAGCUAAGCAGUGUCAGACCUGCUUUAACUAAGACUGUGAAGCAAACAGAGGUCUUGAUACAAACUAAACUCUGUUGACAAAGGAGACAGGCAAACGCAGGUCAUAGUUUUGGUGUAAAGGGGUGUAACAUACACACACACACACACAGACAGACACACUGGGUACCUGGACUAAAGGUUUUAUCCUGCCUAUCUCUCAGUCUCCCUCCAUCCUGUCCACCACUGUCACAAAGACUAUGUAUACUGUUUGUAUAUUAUAUAUACUAAGCUAAUAUAUAAAAAAAUAAAUGUAGGACUCUACAUUUGGAUUGGAUCACACCAGAUCAUUAAGGACAAUGGCUGGUGAGUGUGUGCGCACCUGUAUUCAUACAUAUAGGUAUGUAGACCCAUAGACAGAUAGAUAGAUAGAUAGAUAGAUCAGUAGAUCUAAAUAAGAGUUUUGUCACUCCCUCCUGGGAAUUAUUUUAAAGUUUUCCAAAGAAUGAUCACAUCCUAGUUUCAGACAGGCUGUUAUUUUAAACUACAUCUAAUGUGCUUAAAAUUUGAGGACGAUAGGCUGUAGAAAUGUAUUUACUUAUUGUUUUCUGCUGGGUCACAUGGCCACAUUGUCACUGUAUAUAGGUGUUGGGGAACAAUCUAUGUAUUUCAUGAUCAAUGGCACUGGUGGUCACGUCUGAGGAUGAUGAUAAAUCUAACUCUGAGUUGCUGUGACUGCUUGUGAGCGCGGGAGAAACAGGACAAAGCUGGAGCGGCUUCACUGCUGGAUUUAUUAUCAGUGAGUAACGGGCUUCUUUAGAGAAAGGCUGCUCAGAAAUGAUUGACAACUGUUUCAUAGUUACUCAGUAUUACCUGCUGGUGUCCCAAAUUCUGUUUUUAUUUCCCCCCAAAAUGUUUCUAAAUGGGCUUUAUAUUACCCGGUUGAAAUUCAUAGACAGUUUUCGAUCCUUUAUAUUAAAUUAUUACUAGAGUGUGUGUCUCACAGGAAAGAUGACAGAAAACAUUAAGAUUUUUUUUUCAGAUUUAAGGUGGCAUGGUUAAUUCAAAAAGUCAACUCAUGCACUGAUCAGAUCAGUCCACCUUAAAGUUUUUUCCACACUGUCAAACAGCAGCCAAACGUAAGAUAGGAAUACAAGACUGUGAGUUGGAGUGGAGUAUUUUGAAGUGUGUGAUUAUUGCAAAAAGUCUCCACGGUGCUUUUUUACAGUCUGAAAUUGCUUCAAAGUGACCGCACAUAGCGUCAACGAAUGAACAGCAUCAACCUACAUCAAAUAUGUAGGUCACUGUAGACCUUUGUGUUCAAUAUGUGAAUUUUCUGUCCCACGUUUUGGAAACAACACUUUCUUAUUUUCAUGCUAAUGAAGCUACUGGAGAAGAAUAUUAUUAUUGUAUUGAAUUAAAAAUCUAUACUAAAGCUCUGUAGACUUCCUCUCUACCUUCCUGCAGCCCUCCUCCUCAACACUGAUCACAUUAGGGGGCUCUGAACUCUGGGGUCCUCUCGCUCUAAACCACUUGUAAAAUUGCUUGACCUGUCUGCUCAAGCCUUUUUCUUUUAUGAAUUGUAUAAAAUCAAUAAAUGUAAGUUGGUUACUUAAUAUAUGAAAAUAAGUCAGUAUUCAGGAUGUUUUGUUCUUUGGUUUGACUUAAGUGUACGUUUGUCAAAUUUAUCAUCUAAAGGAUAAUUGAAGUAAUAUACCAGGAUAAAUAUGUAUACUCACAUUGUUAGAAUUUAGUAUGUUUUUUUAAAGGUGGUUUUUAUGGAUGUGAUUCCUGCCCCUGGGAAUUAAACUGAGCGAUGCAGCUGCAACAACUGAAUGAUUUUAAGUAAACAAGGCUGCUUUCCCUGCAAAUCUACUUAAAUAUGGAGAAUAUACUGGAUCAUCUUGGUUGUCAAAGCUAAGAUACCAAAUGCUGGAUAAUAAAGGGUCUAAAGUGGCCAUAUUUAAGAUGAGCUACUAUGUGUGAUGGAGGAGAUUGAUGGCAUCCAUUUCUUGUGAACAUGCUGCAGGGAUCUUUGAAAUCACCUAACUGAGGUGCACUGAGGUUUUUUUGUGUGUGUGUGGCCUUCUGUCCUUGAACCAAAUUGAUUCAAAUCAUGAGCUGACGAGGUUGAGUAAAAUCUGUCACUGCGAUUACUGAAUGUUUGUAAGAGUAAAAUCAAGAACAGUAUGUGCUGUUAUAAAAACUAUUAUUUUUCAACCAGCACAAUAUUGUGGUUUCUGGCUCCCCAAAGGGAGAACGUUCAUAUGACUUUUUUGUUGUUUUUAUCACUUUAUUUCAAGUCUGAAAGGGUUCAUUAAGUCUACAACGGGCUGAUAAACACUCAAUGGUUACUGUUUUUUCAAAGUUAAAACAAUGAAAAUUAAUUUUAAUUUCCUAAAUGAAAAUGAAGAGACAGGGUAAGAAUUUUCACUGUUUUGGCUAACAGGUACUAAAAAAACACUCAAACAUUAUGAAUGCCUAACUUAAGAUAAAUGGAUUGACCAGCAGGGGGCAGUAUGGCAUUCCUGUAUGGAUCAAAUCAUUGUGACAUUUGACUUCAACUUUCAAGACUCAACACCCCAAAGAAGAUCGAUACAGGGUGUAUUUGUAUAUUUUGUGUUUAUAGAGAAAGAUAUAUACGGGUGCAUCUCAAUAAAUAAGAACAUCAUCAAA